ACUAUCACCACCACCCCCAACGUUUGAACCUCCACAGCCACCUCACCAUACUCUGCGUCUCACAUCCCUAAACUCUAUGGUCUUGCGGUAGUCAAGUCAACGACUUUCCAUUCAACACUACAUUGCAACUCCCCGCAUUGCCAUCACCACCACACUGGAUUACGAUUAGCCAUAUCACGUGACGUCAUGAACAUCGUAGAGUGGGCAUUUGGGAAACGCAUGACGCCGGCGGAGCGUCUGCGGAAACACCAGCGUGCACUUGAGAAGACGCAGAGAGAACUCGACCGCGAGCGGGUGAAGCUCGAGAACCAAGAGAAGAAGCUCAUAGCCGAUAUCAAGAAGAGCGCCAAAAAUGGACAAAUGGGACCCUUGCGUAUACAGGCAAAAGAUCUCGUGCGGACACGAAGGUAUAUCCAGAAGUUCUACCAGAUGCGCACACAACUACAGGCGAUUUCGCUGAGAAUACAGACUGUCCGCAGUAACGAGCAGAUGAUGCAGUCAAUGAAGGGCGCGACAGCAUUGCUGGGAAGCAUGAACAGGCAGAUGAACCUCCCAGCUCUACAGCGCAUCGCCAUGGAAUUUGAGAAAGAAAACGACAUCAUGGACCAGCGGCAAGAGAUGAUGGACGAUGCCAUUGAUGAUGCCACGGGUAUGGAGGAUGAAGAAGAGAGCGAAGAUGUCGUCAAUCAGGUCCUCGACGAGAUAGGCAUUGAUCUUGGGCAGGCACUUGGGGAAACGCCUAGUGGUCUGCAGAAGGCUGCUGUGCCUGAGGGUAGGGUGGCGCAGGCGAUCGGAGGAGCUGACCCUGACGAUGACGAUCUCCAGGCACGACUAGACAGCCUGAGGAGAUGAGGGA